GAGGCGUUUACUUCCGGUGUGCUCGCGGCGCUAUGUGUCAUGGACAUGGAGCGGAUUUAUCACACAAACUGAGAUAAACACUCAAUAAUCUGCUUUUUAUCUGAUUUCCUCUCUGGUUAAAUAUUAGCGAGGAGCUGAUUUACUCUGUACAGAGCCGGAACAGGGAGAGUGUGGAGAGAAAGUCCGUCACCAAACGGUUGUAAGGAUGGUAUUGUCAGGGUUACGGUUGUCACGGCAGCAGCUGAAGCGGUUGGAGGAUCACCGGUACAGCAGUGAGGGGAAGUCUGUCCUGGAGUCGCUCAUGCAGCCGUUCUGGUGCUGGCUGGUGGAGAAAAUUCCCCUUUGGGUCGCCCCCAACCUCAUCACCACCAUCGGCCUUACCCUCAACAUCACCACCACCCUCAUCCUUGCCUACUACUGUCCUACUGCUACUGAGCAGGCUCCGACAUGGGCGUACCUGUCUUGUGCUGUAGGGCUGUUUAUGUACCAGUCACUGGACGCCAUCGACGGUAAACAGGCGAGACGGACCAAUAGCAGCACUCCACUCGGAGAACUGUUCGACCACGGCUGUGACUCUCUCUCCACUGUGUUUGUGAUUCUGGGUACAUGUAUAGCGGUUCAGAUGGGGACGAAUCCUGACUGGAUGUUCUUCUGCUGUUUUGUGGGCAUGUUCAUGUUCUACUGUGCUCACUGGCAGACCUACGUCUCAGGAACACUGCGCUUUGGCAUCAUCGAUGUGACUGAAGUGCAGAUCUUCUUUGUAAUGGUUUACCUGCUGGCUGCGCUCGGAGGAACUGCUUUUUGGCAAUCUACGAUCCCGGGGCUGAAUAUCCAGAUGAAGAUGAUUCCUGCUUUCCUGACCUUCCUGGGAGCGAUAUUUUCCUGCACAAACUACUUCCGGGUCAUCUUCACAGGCGGGAUGGGCAAAAACGGCUCCACCAUCGCGGGUACGAGUGUGCUCUCUCCAGCAUUCCACAUCACAGUGAUGUUGCUUUUGGCUGUGUUGGUGUAUAAGAUGUCAUCGGAGCAGCUUUUUGAGAAAAACCCCUGUCUCUUCGUUUUAGCGUUCGGUUUUGGCUCAGCUAAAAUCACCAACCACCUGGUGGUAUCCCACAUGACGAAGAGUGAGAUGCAGCGCAGUGAUUCUGCAUUCGUUGCGCCGCUGCUGCUCUUUAUCAAUCAGUACUUUAACAGUUUCUUCAGUGAACACUUCCUCCUCUGGGGGGCGCUGGUGCUCUCUGCGUGUGAUCUACUGUGUUACUGUACGAGUGUGUGUAAGCAGAUCGCCUCUCACCUCAACAUCAGUGUGUUCAGCCUUCAGAAACCCAAAACCUGCCACAACAGCCACCACUAACACACACACACACACACACACACACACACACACACACACACACACACACACACACACACACAAAAACUCCUCCGUCCUCCUGUUACACUCCUUCAGUCAGUCCAGUGAACUAAUGAAAAACAACACACACACACUCUGAAUAAUGACUUCUCCAGAACGGAGAACGUUACAUAGAUUUGGGAAUUAAUUAUAGAAUUAUUUUUGUAUUUCCGUUAAAUAUUAACAUUUAUUAUUUUUCUUGUGUAAGUUAACGUUUGUUACUGAAGCUAAAUAUUUCUGUUGUUUGUUUUUAAUAAUAAUUAUAAACAGGAAGUGAUUCUCAGCUAAUCACACUCACAUUCAACACCAUGAACAGUUUAUAGAAGAGUUUAUAGAGCUGUUACAUGGUGUCUUACAGUGAGGCGUGUCAGGGGCGUGUCAGAGGCAGGUCAGAGGUGGGUCGGGGCCAUAAUGUAGAUUUUCUCCACUUUUAGAGAAAUAUUAACUCUAACACACCUGCCUCUGAUGCUAAUAUAAGAUGCUAAUAAAAAGGCUUUUGAUUAGCAUGAACACACACAUACAUGUGAGGGGUGUGUUAAGUUUGAUCAGGUGUGUUAGAGCAGAAGUGCGAGAGCCGAAGAACUGCAGGAGACUUGUCUAGAUCUCAUUAGAGGAUCCGUUUAAUGCUCACUGCUUCCUGCUUUGUGAUUUGGGGCGUGGCCUCAGUCCAGCCAAGGUGUGGUCAGUGUUGUGUUUUAUAUAAUGUCUGAGUUUUUUUAUUAUUAUUAUUUGUCAGUUAUGUUGCAGUCGUACACCGGGACACAAGUCUUCCAAAAAUGUUUAAAGAAGAAACUUUUUAUGAUUUAAAAAAAUAAAUGAGCUGCUGGAGGAGCUGUGGAAACGUUGCCCUGUGCUCCAAUACUGUUCUCAUGCCCUUGUUGACUUCCCCAAAGUGUUUAAAGCGUAAGCUAGCUAACACACUAGCAUGCUAACUAGCUAUCAAGAAAACAUAAAACAGCUUCAUGCACUAAAACUACGCAGUGCAUUCUGGGUAAUUUCUGCUUAUGGAAUGAACUUCCUCCAAGCUGGUGAUGUAAUGUACCGUCCCUUAACAUGGCCACUGAGGGGAAGUGGAUGAGGGAGAAACCGUAUUGGAGCCCUCUAGCGGAUGGUGAUGAGUUAAACUCCACCUCUGAACACUGUGUGUGAGAGUGCUGACUCGUUUAAUCACUGUUUACACUCCUGAGUUAAUGUGACGACCUGAAAAUCUCGUGCCUUUCUCCUUUAUUUCUCGCUCUGUUAAAUUAAACUCUAUGCACACGCCAUGUUUUAAACGCCAACCAUUUCACGUUUUUCAUCCUUCGUUUAGACACGAGUUUCUCACGUGUGAAGUUUAAAGGUGCAGUAAGAGUUUUUCUAAAUAAGAGUGAUAAUGUACAGAAAGUUACAGCGAGUUUAAAAAGGGCCAGUUUUAUUCUCAUAAAUUGUCGGGUAUUUUUAUUAUUCUGCUUUAAACUGCUGCACGGAUCACGUCUCUGAUUUUAUUAAAAAACUGUGUUCUGUAUUCGCAUGCUGACUUCCUGCUUCUUCAUUUUAACACCUUGACUGUGUGCUUCAUAAUAUUUACAGUAACCCCUAACAUGUCGUAUAGGCUGUGUGGGCAGAGCUAGAAGCAGUGCUGGUCACUGAUUGGUCGAGCACAUUGGUGACUGUCAGAAACAUUCUAGUGGUGGUGAUGAUGAUGAUUAAUUGAUAGCGCUGUAUAUAACUGACAGGACUAUAACAUUCUUAUUAACUUUAUGCUCACUACAUGGGGUGUAGCAGUUGUGUUCUCUACAUAGUGUACUCCAUGCCCAAUAAAACACAAUUCAGCCACAGAAAAUGUGCGGACCAUGUUGUUGUUGUUGUUUCACACCGUAAGCUCGUUUAAAGAUCAUCUGUUCUCGCUACACCUUCCCUUUUGGAACACAUUAAAGUGGCUGAAACCAUGGGGUUAAGCUCCAUUUCCUCAUUUCUAAAUAAAGUACUGUGUUAAAAUGCAGUGGGACAACAUCUUAAAUUUACCUUUAAACUUCGGAAGGCGUGGCUUAAGAGGCGUGUCCUGAUGGGGCAUGGCCUAAGGGAGCCUGUGCUUUGUAGACAUUUUCAAUAUUUUCUUUCUAAAGUGUUGGUAAUGUUAAAAAGAAUAAAAUGAUGCACGCUUAGAAUGCUUAUUGCACCUUUAAGGUCCACCUUCUGCAUAUGCAAAUUAGGUGGGGGGAGUCUACAGUGUCUACACAGUGUUUUCUUUAACGCUCUACCUCAUUAACACUCCACUCGAUGUGUGUGCUGAUUCAUUUCCUCUCACUGUCCUUAAAUAAAUAUCUCGCACUGUGUAGUGAGCAGGAUGCGAUCUCUCUCUUCUCAAACACACCCAUUUUAUCCUCAAUACAGGUGCGGUACUGAGUGAAUCCAAAGCAGGUGUGUUAGAGAAGUGUGUGUCCAAAACCUCGUGCUCGCUACACAAUGUACUGUUAACAUUAUGAAAUGUUUUAUGAUUUUGUGUUAAUGAGCAAUCGCACAAUGUAUUGUAAUAGAUUAGGUGUUAGAUAAGAUAGAGAUAUGGAGUAGGGUUAAAACUGGGGGUUAAGGGGUAGAAAUUAGGGGUGGGGUUAAUGAUCAGUGUCCAAAUGUGGCCGUUAAAGACAGGUUCUUUGCUAAUUAGGGUGUGUUAGGGUUUUGGACACGUCCACAGUGGGUGAGACCAUAGUGUUGGUUCUGUUCCCUUCAUUCAACAAGGUUCUUCAAGGGUUCAUUGGAUAAUGAAGGAUUCUUAGCUUCUUCAAACAGGUUCUACUUGGAACUCUUUCUGAACGUGAAACACUGCACAUGGAACCUUUAAGGGUUCCUCAAAGGGACAACUGAAGAGUGUUUAUUCUCCAGUGUAGGGUGUGAUAUAAACACAGUGGGGAUUUUAAAGGUCAGGAAACUCUGAUCUAAAGGACCAGGAAAUGGAGAACAGAGCACCUUCUUUGCUUUUUUUUUAUUUUUUCUUCUUACUAAAGAAAGUUUAAAAGUUCUCCAUUCAUAAAUUAAGAUCAGACAGGGUAAACACCUGCUUGUUUUUUUAACAUCUGAUUACCAAGUGUUCUGUAUUUUAAUUUUACACUUGACUGUAAUAAAGUCCAUUUGUAAUGUCUCCGGUGUAAAAAUAAAGACUGUUAUAUUAACAUUAACACAAA